GUGUGAGUGUAUCCCUGAGCAGCGGGACUGGAGCCGCAGAUAAUAAUGGCGUCUGCGGGGACAGAAUCAGGAUCAACAGCCCCUCCAGGAGCCAGCAGUAUCAGAAGGAUGGCUCCAUCUGAUAUGCCUGGCUCUUCAGGCACAACUCAGAGCAUGAAGAAGACUAUCGGACAUCGAGGGGUCGAGACCACCACAGGAGAGACCACUUACAAAAAGACCACAUCUUCAGCUCUCAAAGGAGCCAUUCAGCUGGGCAUUGCACACACCGUCGGCAGCUUAAGUCAAAAGGCAGAAAGAGACGUCCUCAUGCAGGACUUUGUGGUGGUAGAAAGUAUUUUCUUCCCCAGUGAAGGCAGUAACCUGACGCCUGCUCAUCACUACAGUGACUUUCGCUUCAAAACUUACGCUCCUAUCGCUUUUCGCUACUUCAGAGAACUGUUUGGGAUUCGACCUGAUGACUACCUGUAUUCACUCUGCAAUGAGCCGCUGAUCGAGCUGUCUAACCCCGGGGCCAGUGGAUCACUCUUCUAUGUCUCCAGUGAUGAUGAAUUCAUCAUUAAAACAGUUCAACACAAAGAGGCAGAGUUUCUGCAGAAGCUGCUGCCCGGAUACUUUAUGAACAUAAACCAAAAUAAGCGCACUCUGCUUCCUAAGUUCUACGGGCUGUACUGCGUCCAGGCUGGCGGAAAGAACAUCCGAAUUGUGGUAAUGAACAACCUGCUGCCGCGGAUCAUCCCCAUGCACCUGAAGUACGACCUGAAGGGCUCCACCUACAAGAGGCGCGCGUCCCCCAAAGAGAGGGAGAAGGCCGUCCCUACACACAAAGACCUGGACUUCAUUCAGGACCUCCCUGAUGGACUUCUAAUGGAGGCUGACAACUACAAUGCUCUGAGCAAGACCAUACAGAGAGACUGUUUGCUUUUACAGAGCUUUAAGAUCAUGGACUACAGUCUUCUAAUGGGGAUCCACAACAUGGACCAGGCCAACCGCGAGAGAGACCGUGUUUACUCUGGAGACAGUGGGGGGUCAGAGGGCGCAGUGACCCCAGACCAGCGGCGCCCCCAAGCCCAGAAGAGCCUGUACUGCACCGCCAUGGAGUCCAUCCAGGGAGAGGCCCGAGGGAAGGGAGCACUAGACUCUGAAGACCAAGUGCUGUCGCUCUGGACUUGUCGUUGCAGCAUGGGCGGGAUUCCAGCUCGAAACUCAAAAGGAGAGAGACUGCUCAUCUACAUCGGCAUCAUCGACAUCCUCCAAUCCUACAGAUUUAUCAAGAAGCUGGAGCACUCCUGGAAGGCAUUAGUCCAUGAUGGGGACACUGUGUCAGUGCACAGACCGGGCUUCUAUGCUGAACGUUUUCAACAGUUCAUGUGCAACACUGUCUUUAGGAAAAUCCCCUUAAAAGCAUCUCCAUCUAAGAAGAGUCGAAGUGGAGGUCCAGGUGGGCUCAGGAGAGCUCCAACACUAGGGGCUCCCACGCCCCUCUCUCACACAGGACAGUCCAUGGACCCCAGAAUAAUGUAUCAUUCUCACUUCAAAAGCACUGAGUCUGAUGGAGAGGCUGGUGUUCAGUCCGGCCGGCCAGAUCUGCUCCCCAGGACCCCUCCCCCCACAGACUGCCCCGCUGAGGCUGAGGCCAACCUCUCCACGUCCUCUGUGGGCAGCACAGGAGUAACCACCUCCUCUCCUCGCUUACGGUCUGUUGGAGUGGAAGUGCACAAAUCAGAGAAUACAGAACAUGAACAAAUCGCUCUUCACAGUCUGGAUGCAGAGGGGGCUGCUAAUGUAACUGGUAACUCAUCAGGAAAUGAAGAUGUAGUUUCACUUUCUGACGUUAUCCCCGAGACUAACAUCAACUUUUAAAAGAGGAUGUGUGCCAUGACAUCGGUCCUCUUUGAGAGGAGUGGUGAACGUUUAAGAGACUUUCAGAGCGACCUAUCCUUCCUGGACGCGCUGUUGCACAUUUGGGUCUCUUCUGGUUUGAUGCUGAUAAAGAAGUCUGCCAAGACUUGAAGGUGAAGAUCUGUGGCAGGAUCCAUUUUUCUCAGCCUUCACCAUCACUGUGCGUAAUUUCAUUUCCACUCUGACCCCAAACCAAGCUCCCAAACUCCAAACUGGGCUCUCAAAUCCUUCUGAGAAAGCCCUGAUCUGGCAGCUCUCUAGAAGUUAUGCCAUGAAGGUUUUGUUUGUCACCUCAGUUAAAAUGAUCCUUCAACAUUCAGAAGACAGUGUGGUGGGCAGCAGAUGUAAGUUUGUUUUAUGGACUUGUAUAAAGACACUGCCCGUGGAAAGGUUUUGUGUAGGUGAAUAUAUGAAGUAGGUCCUCCGUUGGUGACCUUAAGAGCUGAAGCAAAUCCAAUGUAAUGGUUUAUAUAUUUUCAAAAGCUGCUGUUUGCUUUUCAAUCAUUUCCCUUCCUUGGUCUCACAUUUUACAACUUUAGAGUUCACUUCCAUUCUUUAAUAGUAAUUGUCUUGCUGGAAGGCACAGUGGUGCUACUAAGAUCCAAUAGGGUCUUCCACUACUGAAUGUACAUUAAAGUAUUUUUUAAGUUACUUAGAGAGCCACAUCUGCACAACAGUGUAUGUCUCCUCUAAUGAGACAAAAUGGUGUAACAUUGCUGGAGAGUGGUUCCUGCUGUCACCAACACUAAGUUUGGUGUUAAAUUUGUGCUGAAAUCUGCCUUAUCACUACAGCCAAACUCUUCAAACUGCCAUCUGUGUGUGGACCAAUGGGCUAUGGGUCAUCGGAGCUAAAAGAGUGGUGGUAUUCAGUAAUUCAGUUUCUCUUUGUUACAAUACAAGAUAUUGUAAACCUCAUUUUGACAUCAGAUUUAGAAGAGUGUUCAUAUGAAUAAUUUCUGCUGGUAACAGAAAUGAACCCUGCCCUCUUCCGCUCUUGGACCAAUAUGACUGACUGCGAUGUGGAACUUGUUUUUGUAUAAUAAUAGUCUUAUGCUGCUUCUAUACAGCUUUUUCUGUUGACACUAAAUAAGACACUUUUGUUUGACUAUCAACAACUGAACACAUUUUAUGAAGAGAUACUUGAGUGGUCCUGGGAGACUGUUCUUCCAAAUCAUCUCAUCUGGCAAAUGUAUAUUAUUAAGUCGUAUAAAAAGACUGAGAGACUGAGGCAAUGCAAGGUGGAGAUACAGACCGAAAGAAGUCCUUUUUGAAAGCACAACGGAGGAUUAUGGACUGAGAAUUUGAGGCACCAAAGAUAGGGUAAAUGUACUGGUUGAGGCACUAAGCUUAAGUAUGUAAGUAAAGAUGAAACUCUUGAAUUUCAAUGUUUGUCAGAUAAUAUUUAUAUCUGCUUGUUCCCAGACUUUUGUAACUGUUGGUCAGUCAUCCUUUAUUUUACACUACUUAUGAUUAAGUAACAUGUAAUAACAUUGUAAUAAGGGUUAUUACAUGUUACAGUGUACCUAAUGAAGUAGGUACGUUGUAUUAAAGGUAGUGUACAAAUAAAGUUUAGACUUACAUUUCAAACUGAAGUAUAUUUAAUGCUGGCAUCUCACCCUUUUUUGAAUUUGGUUUGCUAUACUUGAAGUGAUCUGGAGUUAUAUUAAUGUUUACCUUUGAUGAGUUUGAUAUGCACAACCACCAAAGAAAAACACUCCCAAGAAAGAAGGAUUAAAACUAAAAUGUGUAAAGAAAAAAAGAAAAAGAAAAUGCGAAGUGUAUUUUAUCUAUUAGGGUUGUCCGUGUACAGUGGAAGAAAGUAUGGCAUGUACAUAAUGCUUGAACACUACAUUUAAAUCAAUGCAAUUUAAAAUACAAUCCAUAACAUUUUCAGAAGAGUAUAUUUAUUAAUGAGACUGAUAUGGCUGAGCAAGUUUUUGUAUAUGGUCCUUAAAUGAUUGUUCAAAUACUGUAACUGACAGAAGGAUGUCUGAAACUUGAUAGCAUGUGCUGCCUGUGAAGGGGAAGUUUUAUAAAUUCAUUUUUAUAUUUCGUGUUUAGAUAUGACGUAUUCCAUGAUGAUUGUGCUUUUUACAUGAAUGUUCACAUGGCUGCGUUGCCAGUGUUGCUGGGUGUCCUCUAUGCUUCAAUACUAUAUUUUUAAUCUGUAAAUUGUGGAUAUGUACAUACAAGUCACGGAAAUGCCUUCUCAUUCAUAAUGUGCUGUUUGUCUUUCUGCCAUGUUUUAUUUAUGUGGUGGUGACAUGAUUUUAAAGGAUUAAACAUAUUUUUAAAAUA